AAGGACACCUGCGCUCAUGUCACAUUACACAAGACUGAGUUGACAGAAUGGGGAACAGACGUGGUGGGCUUUGCAUGUAUGCGUUUUGCCGGUCAUUGGGUUGUAGGCUCUCCGUACUGUCUUAAUGACAAAAUAUAGGCUUUCAUUGAAAAUCGUGAAUCACUAUUAAGUAACAGACGUUGAGGAAGUUAACUGUGGAUCUGAUUAGAGAAUCAGAAGCUUUAUACCUCAAGAUAAUUUACUCGGCAUGACUCAUUUGAACGGAAUCGAUGCGACUGGUUUAGUCUAAAUUCAACCGGGUUUGUUAUUUUUCGGAUGUAUGCACCGUCUGACUGUGACAACAAAAACCGUCACUUUACUCGCAUGGGUAAUAAACUACAAUGGAGGUCGGUGCCGAAAAUUCAAAGAUACCCUCUGAUGAGAGAGAAUAUGCUCUGAAGCCCUUGGGUCUCAAAGUGCUCGCCGAGAGGACUGCGGAAGCACAAGUGCAGAGACCCACAUGGAGUGGGCGGCUGGAGUUCGUCCUAGCAUCGGUGGGGUACGCGGUGGGACUGGGCAAUGUCUGGAGGUUUCCCUACCUGUGCUACAGCAGCGGUGGAGGUGCUUUCAUGAUCCCUUAUCUCGUCAUGGUGAUCCUGUGUGGCAUUCCUCUGCUCUUCAUGGAGUUUGCUAUAGGGCAGUACACUCGUUUAGGGCCUGUGCAUGCUCUCGCCAAAAUCUGUCCCUUGUUAAAAGGUGUUGGUCUGGCCACAGUUGUUAUCUCCUUUGUGUUCUCCACGUACUACAAUGUGCUCAUGAGCUGGGCACUUUUCUAUCUCUUCAACUCGUUCGGCGUGACCCUCCCCUGGAAGUCCUGCAACAACACCUGGAAUGCUGUCGGAAACUGUUCAGCUGGUUUCCCUGGCAACACCACCCACCUCCAGUCUGCCAGCCAACAGUUCUUUGAUCACAGGCUUCUAGAGAAAACCAGUGGCAUUGAAGAAGCUGGUGGCCUUCGCUGGGAACUCUUUGGCUGUCUCCUUAUUUCCUGGGUCAUCGUGUACUUAUGCAUCUUUAAAGGAGUCAAAUCCACUGGCAAGGUUGUGUAUUUCACCGCUGUAUUUCCAUACUUCAUCCUGUUUGCCCUGCUCAUUAAUAAUGUGCAGCUUCCUGGAGCCAAGAAUGGUAUCCUCUACUUUGUGACACCUGUCUGGAGCAAACUGUUUCAAGUGAAGGUUUGGGUUAAUGCAGCUGCCCAGGUGUUUAACUCUAUUGGAAUAGCAUUUGGCUCCAUGAUUUCAAUGGCUAGUUACAACAAGUUCAACAACAACAUUCUCAGGGAUGCUUUAAUUGUGUCAUUUACCAACUCAUUCACGAGUAUUCUGGCUGGCUUUGUGAUCUUCUCAGCUAUUGGCUACAUGGCUCAUAUACAUAACCUCCCAGUGGACAACAUAGCUACAGAUGGUCCUGGUUUGGUGUUUGUUGUGUACCCGGAAGUCCUCUCCACCAUGCCUGUCUUUCAACUGUGGGCCCCUCUGUUCUUCUUUAUGCUGCUGUGUCUGGGCCUGGACAGCCAGUUUGCCACAGUUGAGGUCGCUAUAACGUUCAUAAAAGAUGAAUUUGGCCCCAACGUUCUGCGCUUCCUAAAGAGAGAAGAGUUGCUGGCCCUGGCUGUGUGCGUCUUUUGUUUUAUGCUGGGGAUUCCUCAUGUUACCAAGGGAGGUAUCUACGUGUUUCAGCUGAUGGACCACUACACCGCUGUGGUUUCCCUCAUGUUCCUGGCUUUCUUUGAAGUCGUAGCUGUCUGCUGGAUCUUUGGUGUCCCAAGAAUCUCCUUCAUGGUCAAGAGGAUGCUAGGAAAAACUCCAAACAUCUACUUUCGUCUCUGUUGGCUGCUGCUCUGUCCUAUGUUGGUGCUGUGUAUAUUGAUCUUCAGCAUUGUCCAGUACACUCCUGUUCACUAUGGGAAGUACACUUACCCAGUGUGGGCUGAAUGGGCAGGCUGGGGCAUCUCACUGGUCUCCAUAGUGUGGAUCCCACUUGGAGCCAUUCAAGAGAUCUAUAACAACAAAGGCUCACUUCUUCAGAGACUUAAAACAGCUUUGAUUUCCAAAAUAGACCUGGAUGCUGAGGAUUCCCUGCCGGAAAAACGAAACCUAGACAACCCGGCAUCUGAAACCUUGUUUACUUCAGUGGCAUGACCAGGAAUACAGCCAAAGCCAUGUCGGUGCGUCUCUACAUACCAAACCCUGUGAUAGGGUGUUUAAUGAAUGGUGCUGUUUAGUGAUGUAAAGAACUGUAUUUACCCUGAGAUACACAGUCUUUAAGUUUCUGUCAUAAAAUUAUAUUUCUAUCCUACUUGUUCUACCAAAGGCCAGACCCUUAAGCCCACUGUACAUUUACUUUAAAAGCUAGACACUUAAUCUUUGCAGUUGAUUUCAGCAGCAUGAAAACACCCCUUUACCUUGUACAACGUGUAUAAUGAUCUAAGAUUUUGUCCACCAACUAAAGGUUAAUUUAAUUAAAUUAACUAUGAUGUAAUCAUGUGCCCUGUCUAUACAGGUGUUCAUUCCAACCAAGGAUUUAAAUUAUUAUUUCCUCCCCUUUGGUUUAUUAAUCAGUAAAAAAUGCCUGGUGUAUGCAGUGACGUUUUCUCUUGCAAUGUGAUAAAUGUCAGUGAGUUCAUGUGGUGUAAGAGUGCAUUACUCAUCUAUGGCAGAGGCAAUCGGGAGCUUAUUAACUUUGACUGAGUCCUUUAAAGGCUUCAUUUCUUGAUCAAAUAAAUCACAAAGGGGCUGAAGAGGCCUGUCCCAUUUGAAAGUCUCCUCCAAAUUCAGCAGGGAAAUGCAGCCUUCUUUGGCCACAACCAGUGUUAUCUUUGUGGCCCUUAAACCUGUGCUACACUUUGCUGUUCUGUUGUUUAAUGUAGCACUCAGACAAUCCUCAUCUACUUGUGAAGUUGAGAAACGUCAAAUGACCUUAUCAUAUUUGCCAGGUGUUUUGGUUCUGGUGGCCAACACCUGGAAUAGACCAAUUAAAAAAACACUGCAAAGUGUAAAUAAUAGAAGCUAGACAUAACCUCUGCACUGUUAUUCUUGAUAGCAGCCUGGCUGUGAUGUUAAUCCCAAGACAUAACAGAAAAAGAGAAGUUAAAUAGAUAUAUUUACCAUUACCCUUUACCCCUGUUGGCUAGUUGGAGCUAUCUAAACUCAGUUGUUAUGAAACUUGAUCUAGUUUCUUUCUGGUAUUUACACAUCAAUUGUCAUUUGAGGGCAGCUGCCUGGGUGCAAAUUUAGAAAUGUUUGACUUUAUGCUGUUGACGUGGACUGCCUGAAUGCAUCAUUAGUUUUGACCUCUGAAAGGCUAGACAUAGUCUUAUUUUGGUAGGAGGACCAAGUUCAGGACCCAAAAAGGUGACCUGCAAAUGUGGGCACAGCUUGUGCCUGAGCCUGAAUAGAAGAGGAGAUGCAGACAAUGACAUUUAAAUGUUUGUGUUCAGAAAUAUAUUAACAUGUGAUUUGCAUAACUUUCCAGUGCUUGAACAACAUUAACGUAAUGGUAAAAACCUUGACACACACAUAAGCAUAAGGUGCAUAAGGUGUUCAAAUAAAUUUUAAAAAAGCAUGAACAGAACCAUUACAUAUAACAUUACGCUCUCAAAUGUGCUGUGUUAUGAUUUCAAAGUGUUUUUUUUCCCAAUACAAUUUGCUGCAAAGCUUCAGAAAGACUCAUUUGACCAUCACUAGUGUUCACUUCAUGUGAUCAGGGCAGCAGGUUAAUGUUAUACCCAUGUGUCCUGAGAUCAAAUGAGGGUGAAUCAGUGCUUGGAUUCUGUCUGAUCUCUGCAGUUUGAGGAAUGAGUUAAUUUUAUUAUUCAGUAAUGCAUUUGACAUUAUUUUUCAACUAUUUUGGAGGUGGUGGUACCUUUGUUCUAUCUAUCUCUAUAAUUGGAUUGGGCUAAUGAGGGCAGAUAAUCUUUAGGAGGGCAACACUUUUCUGGUAAUCUGGUAACCCUCCAUUCGGUGCUCCAUAUUUUAUUGACCCAAAACCUGCAGUUAAUCACUUACUGUUUCAUCCCACACUUCUUAACAGAGAAGGAAGCCAAAAAAUUCACUUUUGUGGAAACAUCAUUUAUUUUAACUCAAGCUUUAACUUUGAGAUGGUACAAUGUUAAGUAAUGUUUUUUUUUAAUGAUUGACCCUCCUGCCUCUGAGAGCAGGAUGAGUUUAUAGUUAGAUUGUACCAGAUCUUUGAAAGUCUACAUUCUGUCUAACACGGGGAGAAAAGGGUUCAGUCAGUGUUGGAACUAUAAGCGUUGGGUUAAUGUAUUAUGAACUGCCUCAACUGGACAUAUGUGUAAAUGGGAAAGUCACACUUUCAUGCAAGAUUGUGUAAAAUGGUGUGCCCUACAGUGCGCACUUGACCUUUUCAGUCUUACAAACCCUCAUUUUGGAGUGCCUUUUAUCCAAAGUACUGAAAACAUGCUCUGAUUUAAAAAAAAAAAAAAAAAAGCUCAAAACAUCUAAACAUGAUUUUAAAAUGACGCAAGGAACAAUUUAAGAUAUUUCUCAUUAAUGAUGCAUGCAUUUUACAACUUAUCACUAUUUAAAGGUCAACAUGCAACAUAUUUGUGCAAGAAACUAAACUGUAGUUUAGGAAAAUAAUAAAUCCGGGGCUUUUUUUGAAAAUUUCACGAGAAGAAUCUGUGUCAUGGAACUUAAUGUUACCUGCCUCAAGUGCCUUUCAUGAAUAUGUUUUAUUUUUAGAUAAUAUAUAUUUAAUUAGACAAACAAAACAUCUAUUUAGGAUGUGGCAUACUGUAUAUGUUGUUUUUGUACGCUGCAUUAUUUUGCUUUAUCAUGAAUUGUAUCUGCUGUUUAAAGUGCGUGGGUUGAUUUAGAAAAACCUUUACAACAUAAUAGGUCGCUGUUUAUUCUUUUUAGUAUUUGGACUUUUAAUAUGAACCAAAUACAAAUUGUAAUGGGCUAUUAACAUAAUUAUGCUUUUAAAACAUCUUCAGUGAUCACCUUGUUUAGAAAUGUACAAAGUCUGGGUUAUGUACCAUGAUGUGCUAACAAUGUCGGUUUUCAUCUCAACCAAAUAGCACACCUUCUGAUUUCACAGAUUAGUUUCAUAACACAUGAGCACAUUUCACAUUUGUGACUCAAUACUGUUAUGUAAUUUGUUACAGGUUCAUGCUAUUGCACUGUAAUUAAGUGACCACAAACCUGCAGUGUUCUCACAUUCACACACUGUAACAGGCAACAUGCUUAUUCAGACUUUAUGCAAAACAACCAUAUAUUUGUAAGGGGAGACAUUUAUUUUAUUUCAAGACUCAAAUGUGUUUUCUCAUGUUUCAUGUUUGUGUUUGUUCUAAUCUACUGUCUUUUUACCAAAUUGAAUGUUGAUUUUUCAUAUCAAUGUAUGUUUCUUACUAUUUUUUAUCAUAUUUUGAACUGUGUUGUGAUUUGUGGUGUCUAACAUUUUGUUAAAUAAAAAUCACUUUUGCUCUGGUGUCAGUGAAUAACUUGGCAAA